UUUAAGGCAUGCCACGUCGACAAAAGGACGUGGAGCGGGAGGCUCUACAAACCGACUAUCACUUCGAAAUUCAUCGACAGAAUUCCUAUACCUAUAGCAUCUACGCGGGCCUUCUGUGCACCAUCCCAUUUCUAAUCCUCUUCGCCUUAUUCUUCUACUUUUUCUGGUUCGGACGACGAUAGUAAUCACUUUUCAUACAAGAUUAAACAAUUUAUCUGCCAAAUCGCUAUAAUUCACUAAAAAUACAAAUAUCUGUGAUACUCAGCGGAAUUCCUACAACUUUGUCGAUUUUAAUAUUUAAAUUUAAAAAUGUUUUAUAUAAAAAUAUAUUUUUUUAA